AUGUUCAAGAAUGUACCAUUUGCCAAACCACCGUUAGGAAGACUUCGCUUUAGUUAUGCGGAAUGGCCAGAACCAUAUGAUGAUAUCCGAGACGCUAGGGAAUAUAGCCCGGCAUGCAUGAGUAACGCCUCAAAAGAAACUCCAACAAAUUAUUUGCCUAUGAGUGAAGAUUGUUUGUAUUUGAAUGUAUUCACAAAUGAAAAUUGUUUGAUUUCAAAAAAGUGUAAAACUUUGAUAUAUAUUCACGGAGGAGGAAUCAAUUCAGGUUCUGCAAUUCAGUUCAAUGACACUUUUAUAUUAGAGAGAUAUGUACAAAAUGACAUUGUGUUCAUCAUCCCCGCUUACAGGAUGGGAAUUUUUGGAUUACUUUUCUUUGGGAAUGACAAUCUUGUUCCUCAUAAUCUUGGAAUUCAUGAUUGUAAGCACGCUCUUCAUUUUAUCCAUCAAGAGAUCUCCCAUUUUGGUGGCCAUCCAAAUGACAUCAAUCUGAUGGGACACUCAGCUGGUGGCCAUAUUUCAAUGGUCUUUGCCUUUAGUCGGUUGAUCGAUCCCAACCAUCAACUCAUACAGCGAGUUGUUGUUAUCAGUGCUGUACCGUCCUACGACAUGCCUGAAUUGCUUAUCAAAAAUUGUUAUGAUUUCGCCAAUAGAGUAGGGUGUUUCAAACAGAAUGAGACUAAUGACGAAGAAAUCGUGGCAUGCUUGAGAAGGAAAAAUAGUCAUGAGUUGAUUUUGAUGCAGAGGGAAAUGGAACACGAUCACUUGUACUUUUGGAAUUUCUUGGCAGGCGAACCGUUUAUGCAUCUUGAUGAAAGUAUUGCUCAUUUCAAAGCAAACGCCGUGACUCGCGAAAUGAUGGUUGGAAACACAAUCGAUGAGCUUGGGUGGCCAUGGAGAGAAAAAGAAAACCCAUCUAUUGCAGGCAGUUUUAUGGAUUGGGAGAAUCCAUAUGAAGUAGCAAACAAAUUUGACGACUAUCAUGACAAUGCUCCAAACGGCACAGUAGCCGAAUCAUUCACUCAAGGCAUUUAUGUUUCGACUGCAACGUAUGCCGCUGCUCAGGUGAAUGCUGGAGGAAAGGUUUAUCUGUUUCAAUCAAAUCAAAGACCAUCAAGUCACGUAUCCGAUAUGCAGUGGUUCGUCGGCACUCACCGAGAAGACUAUCAUACACCCGACAUGGAUCUCGUGGACAAAUUCUAUUCUAGGUUGAUUGUAAACUUUACUAAAUACGGAGUACCAUCACCGAUGUGGGAACCUCUUGACCCUGCAAGAAUGAAUUAUUAUGCUAUUGAAGUUAAUACUGAGACAGGGGUCGGUCCAAAAAUGGAAGAAAGGUUUCACGAAGCAGACGUCAACUUCUGGUUCAUCAAUAUGACGGCGUUUGACAGAGAGGUGACAAGACAGAAGCAACUACUCAAUAUAACCGGAAGGUACCCAAUGUAUCCGGGUCCCGUAAUUCUUCCACACCAAACCAAUGAAUCAUCAUCGUUCGACGUUUCCUCAAAAUGGUGGUUUUACGCACUUAUCGUCGUGGUGGCCCUCAUUAUAUUCUACCUGAUUUAUGUUUUGAAGAAAGCAUUUCUCAAAUCGCCUGUUGACGAUGACGAGACCACCCCGCUUUUCAAAUGA